CUAGCUGAAUAUCAAAAACGCUUUUUUAUAGAUAGUUUUAGAACUAUGAAUGACUAAAAAAAUGAAAGGAAUAGAAAUAUAAGCUAUUUUUAUUUCUGUAGUUCGGCAGCGGUUUUCUUUGCGUGGGAAUUUCGAAUUCAAACCUCGGUACUACUCCUUUCUUCGCGUAGUCAGUUACAGAAUUGUUGUAAAUAGUUGAUAGAAACAUCACAAGUAGUAACAAGUAUGGCAGCCGAGGGGGAAGGUUCGCCUGUCGAACUUUAUGUGUACGACCUGACUCACGGCCUGGCUGCGCUGCUCUCUCCUUCUAUUCUAGGGCGGCAGGUGGCGGGCGUGUGGCACACGGCGGUGGUGGUCUUCGGGCGGGAGUACUUCUACGGCAGCGGCGGCAUCACGCAGUGCGCGCCGGGCGGCACGGAGCUGGGCGCGCCGCACCAGGUGUUGCGGCUGGGCAGCACGUUCGUGUCGCGGCCCGUGUUCGCCGACUACCUGCGCGGUCUGGCCGCCACGACCUACACCGGCGCGGCGUACCGGCUGCUGGAACACAACUGCAACCACUUCAGCGACGAGGUGGCGCAGUUCCUGUGCGACGCGCGCGUGCCCCAGCACAUCGUCGCGCAGCCCGAGCGCGACCUGCCGCCCCCGCUGCGCUCCGCCCUCGCCGCGCUGCUGGAGCGCGCGCUGCCAGCCCCCGCCCCCGACACCUCCCCCGCUGCGUAUACGAACGGCGCGCGCGCCGGCCGCGAGGACAGCCCCGACUACCUCACGCUCAACAACCAGAUCGAGGAGGCCAGGCUGCAGUCGCACCAGCUGGAGCAGCGGCGCUCCACGCUCGCCGAGAAGCUGGCCCGCACGCAGCGCCGCCAGGAGCGCCGCCAGGACCGCCGUCAGGACCGCCGCGCUCGUCCCCACCACCACCACCACCACCAGGAGAUGGCUGAAUGUUUAGAGCGGCAGGAGGCUGCGGGGCCCAGCUCGAGGCCGCCCGGCGCCGCGCCCGACGCUCUCGAGGAGCCCGAGCAACCGGAGCGCACGCCGCGGGACCCGCCUAUCCUCUACCGUGACAUCGACGCGGCGGCGGAGUUCGCAGGGCUGACGCGGGCGCUGGAGGCGGCGGGGCUGGAGCUGUCGGUGGAGGAGCGGCAGAGCCUGGACGAGCUGCGUCAGUACCUGGUGCUGGGCGAGGGAAGCUGGGUGCUCGGUGACGACUUCCUCGCCUUCAUCGGACGCGUGCUGUCGGAGGGUGGUGAGGGGGCUGCGGGGGGCAAGGCGGGCGGCGCGGCGCGGCGAGCGGUGGUGCGCUGUCUGGCGGCGGCGGCGCUGCGCGACGACGUCUCGCUGCUGCUGCACCAGGACCGGCGCCAUCACGCGCUGCUGGCCUACGCCCAUCGCGUCGACCUCCUGCCACCGCCGGAGCAGCACGCUCUCGCCCUCUUCUUCGACGGGUGUUCCAACGUUUUCAGCAGACUGGUGGUUAUGUUAGAAAACCGGGAUCUGGAAGAAAACGGUGCACAUCAGAAAGAGAUGACCGUUUCAUCGUUGCGACAUCUUUACGAAACCGUUUUCCAAAUGCUGUCGAGUUGCAACAACAGCUUCGAUCAACUCGAAGAACAUUUCGAGUGGGAGGCGCACGGCCAGAUGCUCGCCAACAUACGCGUCACCACCAAGGUGUGCGUGCACUGCGCGCUCAGCGAGGAGCCGGAGCUGCGCGAGGCUGGCACGGCGCUGCUCUACAACGUCGCCACCAAGGAGGUAAAGACCGUGGUGUUCGACGAGGUGUGCGCGGAGCUGGCGCUGGCGGCGCUGCAGCUGCUGCGCGCGGAGCCGGCGGCGAGCGAGGAGCACGUGUGGCGCGCAUGCAGUGCGCUGGCGCGGCUGGCGCACCACUCGCCCGACGUGCCCCAGCUGGUCGCCGUCGUGGGCCCCGACCCCGCCGCCUACAGGGGCACCAGCCCGCGGCUCGACGAGCAGAUCGACCUCAUCCUGCAGAAGGUCAAGUAAGCCGCCUCUCCGUGCGGCGCGUGAGGCGCGUGAGGCGCGUGAGGCGCGUGAGGCGCUUGCUGCGUGUCGGGGACUCCUCCGUAACCACUAGCGUUUGUUUUUUGUAAUUAUGUAAUUGAUGUAUACUAUUACUAAUGUAUAAGGUGAAGUGAUGUGAGGCGGCGGCGGCGGCGGCGGGAGCGGGAGCGGGAGCGGGAGCGGGAGCGGGCAGCUCACUCUGCGGGAGCUCGCCUCCGAUCUUAAAAUAUUUGUCAGAGCGUAACUUAUUAUUCUCCUCUUGUAUCUUUGUAAAAUUUUAAUAACGACGGGAUAAAUGUGAAUACGUGAAUAAAUAGUAUAGGGUAUAGUAUAAAAGCAUAGGGUUGAGGGACACGAGGGCUGCCCUGCCGCCUGCGCCGGCGUCUGCUCUUGUAUAUCAAUAAAAAAGUGUAUGGUGCUAAAAUUGCCUUAUCUAUUUAUUUAUGA